AUGCUCGAUUCUUUCAAAGAUUCCGGUGGAGCAUCGAGCAAGUUCGCUUCCGAGGCAGCCUUCCUCAGCAGCCUUGUGUCAACAGUCAAACACUUGAGCGAUUACAUCCAGACCACGCCUCAGGAUGACAUCGCCGAGGAUGUCGCGAAGCUAGUCGACGUAAUAAAGGAGCCUUUGUCCGAGUUCAAACAAUUCCUCGAUAAGCAUGAAGCCGCCCUUGGGAAACAGCCUACGAAAUCAGGCUUAGGGAAGAUCAAAUCUACCAUCAAGUAUACCAUCAAAGAUGCUUCCGGCAAGAUAGAGAAGCUUCGGAUACAAGUGGAACAACCGCUUCAAGCUGUGAACUCUCUGCUAGCGUUGCAAGUCCUGAAGUGUAUCACGAGCACACCACAGAAGCCAUUACAGCAAAAUCAAUUACUGCAGAUAGUGGAAGCUAUUCAUGUAGCGGACGUACCUACUGAAUUACAGAAGCAGAUCGAUGUGCUCCAGCAUGGCGUAGCGACCCAGAAGGUCCAGAACGACCACCAGUUGGAGCGUAUCAUUGAUAUGCGUGAUAGCUUGACAGGCCAGCUAGAUGCACUUCAAAAUAUCCUCGAAGAAACUACAGCGCUCCCGUCAAACAAUCAAAGUGACCAGCAGGCAAACGCGCAACCAGAACAAGGUUCAUCAUACUCUGACAGCAAAUUCCAGGAUGAGAGGCGCACGAGCAAAUCAGACCACACCAACGGAAACAUUAGCGUCUCGGAACUAUGUUUACAUACCAUCGAGGCCAAAGGAGGACCAAUUCAGUUCAAAGUCUGCAACAAUAACAAAAACCGAUAA